AUGAGCGACUACGAAGACGAAUACGAUGAUUACGAGGCCGACUUCUUCUACGUCGAAGAUGAAUACAUGGCAGCCGAUGAUCUAGCAGAGCACGCCGUAGCAUCUCCUCCACCCGCAACCUGCGGCGAUGAGGAUGCAGAGGAAGACUGGGACCGAUUCGACUACUUCAACGACCUCGAGUACGCCUCGGACGGCUACGACGACGCCACGUUCCAAGCCCACGACGUCAAGGGCGCAAAAGCUGGCAUGAAGAGGAAGCGAGGUGUCAAGAGUCUCCCAGCCACGAAGAGAAGAACCACAAAACGUGACAGCGCGCAGACAGAGCCGACGGCAGUAGUAGCCCAUUCACCCAUAGUAUGGCGUUCACAAGCCGACCGCGGCGCAAAACCCAAAAUGCUAGAAGAAAACGCCCAACCAUACGCUCUCUUCAAGAACUGGCGCGAGAAACUCGCACACAUACCCGAGUGGGCGAAAGCCUCACCACCCAGCCCGCCCGGCGCAGAGUCUUCACGUUUGGACAAGGGAAAGGGGAGGAUGGCUUUUGUCACUGAGCCCGCCUCGCCGCCGUACGAUGACGACGACCAUGUCGGAGAUGAAAUCGAGGAAGGUGAAGACGUCGCCAUGGACGAAGAACCAUCCAUCGAUAAAGACACACUCAUGGCAGCACUCCAACGUCAACUCGCGGCCGCCGGCGGUCCCCUGAGCAACAUGGAUCACAACCAACUCCUCGAGUACGCACUACGCAUGAUGAGCGACCAAGAUGCCGGCGACGACAUUGCAGGCGAGAUGGCGGAUGCCAUGUUGCAAGGCGGCGACGAUGACGAAGAUGAUACCGAGGCCGAGGAGAAGAUGCUGGAGUGGGUGGCGCGGCAGCGUAACGGUGGCAAGGACGAACAACCAGUCCAAGGCGACGACGGUGAUGAAGACGACACCGGACCACAGGAGAAGAUGCUCGAGCGUGAUGGUGGUGUGGACGAACGGGACACGGUCGACCGGGCUGGUGACGAACAAACCGCAGUUGAUCGACCGCCCAAACACACCCUCAAACGCAAAGCAGAACAGCAGCUAGACGAAGAAACAGGGUCAAAGCAGAUAAAGAAGAGGGUGACGAGGAGUUUCGACAAACCAACCGAGGCUAGUCUGGCGAAGGCUGCGAAACCGGAAAAGGCGGAGAAACCGGCGACUAGGUCAAGUGCGAGACUUCGUUAAUUUUGACGUAUAUAGCAUCCAUGGUACAUUGGACCUUGGUAUCAUAGGGGAUGGGUAGAUUGGACGCGUAUAAGGGCAGGUACGACAGGAGAGACAGGAAAAACGGGUUCUAGACCUGAUUUCGGCAUGACAUGAAUUCUGAUGGACAUGGGCACAUGGGAAAAUUAAUGUACUGGAUUCUAGCUCCACGAGUGUUUCUUCUACACAUCAAGGCUUGGUCCUUAGAUAUAAGCGUUUUCCCAACAAGAGGCCAUG